AUGGUGCCUGAGGGGCUUGAGCUGCCUUUGGACCAGCUCCCACCCAUUGACACGAAAGAUAUUAAGAUCCUACCCAUGUGCUGGAAGAAUCCAGUGACCGGUAAGCUCGCACUUCAGAUCCACCCGAGUGCCGUCCGUGCUGUUCACCUACCUAAUGGGGGCAAGAUGACCGAUCUGGAACAAGCACGUGAGUUGGUGUAUCGCUUGCAGCGCCCAGCGAUCGCUCCGAAGUACGUCUACGCACACGACUGGGAAGAAGGAGAUCUGGUGCUCUUCAAUAACCAAGGAGUCAUUCACUCGGUAGUGGGUGCGUUUGGUCCCGAAGAGAAACGAUUGUUCCGCCAAUGCAACCUCGCAAGCAGCGAGGGAGUCAUGGGGCCCGAUGGGAACGAGUAA